AUGUUCGUCUACGCAGAAAUCUACCUCAUCUUUAGCGCCUACUUCCUACUGAAUGUCUUCAUCCUAGUCGUCUCUUGUUUCAACGUCAUACGCUACGCCCUGCAGGUCCCUUACGAACAGCAGUUCGAUACCCUGAAUAAUCUUGCCUUUCCGGGGACGUCUGACGAACUUCUGCGUCAAUUCAACGGGAAACACGGCUUGAAAACGACUUCUGCCUGCAUGCUGCCAAUGUCUAUCAGCUUCUUCAUCAGCAGCGCCUUCGUUAGCGUCUACUACCUUGUGUGUGCGGUGAGCCCUGCAAGUUAUAUAAUUGGAGGCACAGCACAACGUCUCACAAUCCUACUUCACCACCUCCAUAUGAUUGCUCUUCCCAUAAUCCUCUUUUGUUAUUUUCCGGCUCUGAAUCACGCAAUCAGGUGGUGGUUUGCUAAGUGGGCCCAUGGAAUUCCCUUGAAAGGGAUGCUUACAAAAAGACGGGUCCCACCAUUAGCAUGAAGGUGGUUCUGUAAUGCGAACAUGCAAUAAAACUGCCCCUAUUAACUCCCGAACUUGUGAUGCAUUUUACAUUGCUCCUGUUUCAUGAAGCAGAUGACUGACAGGCUCAGAAAUUCAACCGGUGCAUGGGGGAGUGGGGACGACAUCGGGGACUCCAUCUCCACAGCACUUCAAUGCGUUCCCCAUUAUAAUAAAUCUAACCUGCUUUGAAAGCAGCGCGAUGCGCGAAAAGACGUUGACUAGGUGCCUGUCAUUUGACAGGAAAGCUAGGUCCUCGUGGUCAGCCCUGUGUGCAUGGAGUGGCUGACUGGGAAACUGGUGGUCUUUUAUGCACUUCCACCCAGCUGGGAUUCAAACCGUCCCCGUAUUUCGGUCAAAACCCGGUUUACGGCGCACAGAUUAAGUUUGUGUGUGAGGCACGCGUUGAUAGGCUGUCUAACUCCAUCAGUCAUUGGGUUGAUCCCAUACCGGUCAUCCUGACUCUAUCUUGCAGUCAGGUCCAUCUGGGUGAUGGGUUAGAGAGUGCGGCAGAUGCUGCACAAGUCGCUGCCGUGCGCCUAACAUGUCGAGGGAACAAAUGGUGAAUAUCGUAAUCCGUGGCGACAUGCUUCAUACGAUCCACUCAGAUCCUUAUACAGGAGUUUGUAAUUAAGAGGUUAGUUAAGCACUCUUAGUCCUUGUAAUCAUCUCAGGUCCCAUAAUUCACGUUCUCCAAACUGGACAGUGACUGUUGUUAGUUCAUUAUUUCCCGAAAGGAAGUGUAAGCUUUCUUGUCUAAGGUCGUAGGAGAGCUUUAUUCGUCAGCUUCAGUUAGUUCAAGUUAAAAUCAUCCGGAUUCGGUCAUUAAUCUGCAUCAUACUUAGCGUCGAAUCCUGCAGAGUAUUGGGGCAAAAAUUUGGGAUCUUCUUUUGAGCAGAAAUAAUGGUCAGCUGAGGGCAUAAUCCUAGGAAAUUUCUCAAAAAUAAAAUGCGGGAUUUGAGUGGGCGUGUUUUCAGUUGCUUGAGUAGACAAUAGUACCAAAGAAAUCGUUACCUAGCUGCCAUGAAAUUCGCGCAAAAAUCACUGAAAAACUCAAAUCAUCCACCACUCCUCUCCGAAAAUUUUACUACGUUAAAGAAACAACCGUUCCCGAAAUGGGGACUUAGUUUGGAGUCUAAACUAUGAUAUAUUUGGGGAGAAAUACUUUUUCCUAAAAAACCAGCAGUUUAAAAAGGUAAUUACUGCUCACAUAUUUGAUGUCCAUCAUGCAAACGGUAUGGAGGGAAAAUGCAAUAAAAGGCUAAAAUUGUGGAAAGUAAGAACAAGUACAGAUCACUAGAAUUUGAUUGAUUGUCCUAUGCCUGGUUGACACAUACACCACGAGGUUGUCUAUAGUGAACUGAUCUGUACAGUUAAAAACCCCAAAAUCUAACCUCUACGACAGUAAAAAAGUGUUUUUUGCCUUGUUCCAAUGUCGUUUGAUCAGCUCGAAGCGCUAUAUGAUGCAACUAAGGCCCGGGUUGUCGACAGGAAUGAAAAUGCUUCACAGGCCACAGACGAAGAGACUGGCUAUGCCCUACAAAAGUAG